CCUUCUACUAUUUCUGGUGCUUCUCAGCUAUAAUUUGUGCAGUACUUUUGGAAUCAUCGCCGGUCUGACAGUGAUGUUCGGCAUGCCGCUGCAAGUUUUCCUCGUAUUCGACAGACUCUACUACUUCUGUUAUUAUUACGUCAACGGUCUCAUGCUCUGCUUGGUCGUUGAGCGACUGCUGGCAACAGCGAUGAUGAAGACCUACGAGUACAAUCGCGAAUGGUGGAGGGUCAUUCUAACGCAGCCACUAGCAGUUGGCUUGGCUGUUGGAAAUUUCUUUAUGCCAGACGUGCUCUCCCAAUCACUAACAAUAAUUUCUCUAUACAUAGUCAACAUCUCGUGUCUUAUAAUUCUUUUGUUCAUCAACUAUCGCCUGACGUCUGCACUAACCGGAAGCGGUGCUGCUCUAUCAACACGAUAUCAAAUCACAGAAAAUAUCAGGACUAUAAGAGUCCUUUUACCUACUGUAGUGUUUGAUGCGCUGGUAACUGUCUCUGAUUUAUGCGGUGCUAUGCUUUUUGACAUGAAGCAUGUAUUUGAUAUACAACGUUGCAGUGAUGAUAAGUAUGUGCAGAUGUUCUACGUUAUUACUACGGUAUCUUCCAUAUUUGAAUUUCUCGUACCACUGUCGUUGAUGUUAUCACACCCAGCCUAUCGGCGGCAUUCAUUAUUGUUAUAUGAACGUCAACCAUUGCGGAUUAUGUAUCAACAUCAAUCCGUUGUCAAAGACAAAACACUGCCAAAGGUUGUCAAUGUCCUCGGAAUUGAGAUUGCCAAUGCUGGAGAGCAGGCGUAUUUCGAGAAUCUGUCACGGGUUUGGAAUCAUCGGUUAUAGUAUAUCAUAGUAAUUAAUUCAAUAAAUUUUGUCAAG